UUACUGAAAACUGAAAAUAAGUCAACGACUGAUGUUUCGAAGUAUGUCGUAGUUGAUUGUACUCCAAUAACAGCAGUUUAUCGAGAAUUACAAAUUAAUAUGUUACACGUAUUUAGUGAUCUCGAAUAUGAAUCACUGCGUUUGAAGAGUAGUAUUCAUGAACAUAAAGAAACAUAAUCAAGGUGCCAUAACCUAGUUUAAUUUGUUACUUGGACAUCAUGACGCUCACGCCUAAAGGUUUAACGAAACUGUUGGACAUCCUCGAAGAGGAGAACCUUGACACAAGUUUGGAAAACCUGUGCAACCAGUUACAUCAAGUAUUCCCGAAAGAGGAUCGAUUUAAAGUAGGAAUGACAUUGGUUCUUCUUUUACAACAUAUAGACUUAUUGCCAAAAAAUGUUCAACGAAUAAUAGCGGUGGCUUUAUUAUUCGACCUUUAUAGAGGAGAACCGUUAGCUUCUACGCCUUUCGCACCUGUUUUCAUUCAGGUGUUAAAAUCACAAGAAGAUACGAAUAACGGAGUACCAAAAACUAAUUUCUCUGGACAUAUUCCAGUUUUGUCGCAGUGCGAGAAAAACCUCUUGGUAAAUUUGUUGGGAUACAAUCAGAAGGAUAUUUUAAAGAAAACUCCUAGACAGAUCGUGGACGAAUUGUAUUUCGUGUCCGUCCCACCUAUUGAUUUGAGCAAUUUACAAGCGCAGUUAUCGGAACGACAUUCGGAAUUACCUUCCAUCGUAAAAUGUGGAAAUCCAGUGAUUUUACCCGAUAUGGAUCAUUCCAAAUUAACAGAGAUCGAUAAGAACACUAUGAAAAGUAUGACGGAAAUCUUAAUUGCUAACGAUUGUCCGUUAUAUAGUCAAAGCUAUCGUCCUGAGUUCUUAAGAUUGGCGCCUCCUCUUUAUCGUUCGAUCGACGAGUUACCAUGGUUCAACGUCACGGAACCUUCGCAAUUUACAGUCGAAUACGAUAGUAAUAUGUGCGUUUCAAAUUGUGCUGGCGCAGAAGCUCGUAGAUUAAUGGGCAAAGCGUUUAAAAGCGUGCUGACGCUGCAACAACAACAACAUCUUGUUAACGAGUUAGAUAGAGAUCCGAAACUGGUGUAUCAUAUUGGUCUUACUCCAGGAAGACUACCGGACUUGGUAGAAAAUAAUCCUUUGAUUGCGAUCGAGGUUUUAUUAAAGCUUAUGCAAUCGAGUCAAAUAACAGAAUAUUUCAGUGUAUUGGUAAACAUGGAGAUGUCGCUUCAUUCGAUGGAAGUUGUUAAUAGAUUAACUACCACUGUUGAUUUACCAACAGAAUUUGUUCACUUAUAUAUAAGCAAUUGUAUUUCAACUUGCGAAACUAUAAAAGACCGUUACAUGCAGAAUCGUUUGGUACGCUUGGUUUGCGUUUUUCUACAAUCCUUAAUAAGGAACAAAAUUAUAAACGUGAAGGAACUUUUUAUUGAGGUACAAGCAUUUUGUAUCGAAUUUAGUCGCAUCAGAGAAGCUGCGGCUCUGUUUCGCCUUCUGAAACAACUAGAAUCUGGUGAUAUUGGUGGACUCAAUGCGCCACCUACGAACAAUAAAUUGGACAUGUGUUAAUAGAAUUAAUAAUGUUUUUAACUAUUUUUCUGCUUAAUUAAAUUUUAACAAACGAGAAUGUAACGUAGUGUUUCGCAGUGUAUUUUUGAAAGUGAACAUUUAUAAAUUUAAUCACAUUUUAUACGUAGUUUUGAUAUAUGUAAGUAAAUUAU